CACUCGCGAGCAGAUUCCGUCCAUUGACAGGAGCCGUGGUGAGAGUGGCAGCGUCUUGUAUUUACUUUGUUGUGACCUUAGUUUGUCUCAGAAGAAGUUGAAGGUUUAAAUAAUAUCACGAGUCUGGAGUAAAGUCGGUCAGGACGCUAAAGAGUCGGUUGUUACGCCACUGAAGCUAACAGACGCUUAUUCGAGGGUGUGUCUGUCAAACCGGUCCCUCCACGACCACACCGCGGCCACAACCGAGAGGGAAACAUGACGAGUGUGGCCGCGAAAGUUUUCUGCCGGGUGGAGCGGGUGUGUCGCCACCUGCCCGUGGUCCUCAACACCUUCCUGGUCUUCUCCAUCACCGCGGAGGUGAGCUAUCUGGUGGUGGUCGAGGCUCCGCUGGAGCCGGACCAGAAGAAGACGGAGUGGUCCGCCUGGUGGAAGCUGGUCCACCUGCUGGCCCAGUACUUCAUGCUGGGAAACAUCUGCUGGAACGCCCUGCUCUUCUUCAGGACCAGUCCCAGCAUCAGGGGGGUGUUCCUGGGAGGAGAAGGCGUAGGUCAGGGCUGGAGGUACUGUUACACAUGUGAGACACACACUCCUCCUCGAUGCUCCCACUGCUAUGACUGCAAAGUGUGUGUGCUGCGGCGGGAUCACCACUGUGUCUUUUUCGGCCAGUGUGUGGGCUUUCGCAACUACCGCUUCUUCCUGAGCUGCCUGUUGUUCAUGUGGUCUGGGCUCCUCUACGCCACAAUGAUGAACGCCGAGGUCUUCAUUGUCAUACUGAAGGAGGGAGUGAGCCUGCACAGCAUCCUGCUGCUGCUCAUACCCUGGAUCAUGCUUGUUUCAGGCCAGGUCUCAGCCCGCGCCUUUGCCUUCGCCUUCAUCGCUGACACAUGUGUGGUGGGCUUCCUGCUGGUGUCCUCAUUCUUCUUCUUCCACCUCUUCCUGCUGUUUCGGGGACAGACCACCAGGGAGUGGUACUCAUCCCGCCGACCCUACAACCUGGGAGUCCUGGGCAACAUGCGCAGCACCCUGGGCAUUCGCUGGUACCUCUGCUGGAUCUGCCCUCUCAUCCCAUCACCUCUACCUGGAGAUGGGAUCAACUUCCCGGUCACGGGGUCACUGGAACCCAGCCGGUAACAGCUAGGAGGUCCGAAGAUUACCAGGCUGUUUGUCCUUACUUUUGUGGUGAUGGUUAAUGGUGGUAGGGAUCAGCAGCAGGGGAGAUCGCCUCAGUUCAAGAGGAGACAUUUUGGGAUGGGAAGAAGCUAGAAUAUCAUGUGGUUUUGUUGGAUUUUGCCCAUCAAUAUCUUCUCUGUAUCUUUAGCAGAGGAUCUAGGGGUCUACUUGAGAAGGUACUUUGAUUUGAACCAAAGGUAAUUUGUACGCUCAUUGAGGCGGGCUUCAAGUUUCUUUGGAGUACUGAGCACUGAAAUGUAUGUAAACGUGAAUGUAUUUUAUUGAAGAUGAAAAUUUAACAGUUUUAAAUGCUCACUACCAGGCUCUCACAGACUGCAGCUGCUGUGUCGUAGUCCGGCUGGAUGCAGUUUAGCUGCCUAAAUGUGAGGGGCGAACGCAUUUGGCUUGCGCUGUUCCUGAAUAGACGAUCGGAUUAUUAACUACACCGUCAUUUGCCUCUUAUAUGCUGUUGUGCGUUAGCUGCUGUGAUUAUAAAGCUGAGUUUAUUGCAAAUACACUGAACUUUUUACUGGAUACUGACAGUGAUGUCUUACCAUCCGAAGGGCAACUUCUCUGAAAGCUAAUGUUGCAGUUUACAGACACAUGUGAAGUAAUUUAGUAAAUGCAGUAUUUAAAAUCUUCCUAUUGACAUCACUUGUGAAUGGUCCUUCUCCAUGUUCCAUAUCAAACUGUGCAUGUGUCAGUCAGAAAGCGACUGUUAAACCAAACCUACAGUGUAAUGACAUGACACGUUCUGACUGCUGUGCUCCAUUUUCCUACUCUUUAUUUGUUUUUACAACCAGUGAUACAACACACCGUCAGACGCCAGGCUUCAGGGUGACAUUUUUCCAGAAAUGUUACACUCUAACAGUUGUAUAGUUAUAUUUUUUUCUCCUGAUAUGUUUCCUGGAAAUGUUUUACUAGGUUUUUUAUGAGAUUAUUUUAUUUAAUCACUUUUCCGGUGCUCAAAACCUGCCUUGAUUCAGUGAUUAGUAUGAGUUAGGGACACAGCGUUGAUGCCAUCUUCACUUUUGUUGCCUCAUUACAACAUCCCCAUCCACUGCUCUUUUGCAUCUUUGCUUUUUGUCAUUUUAAUUGUCCCGGCCUUUAAAUGUUGUGGAAAAAUCUUAUGCCUUUGUUUCGCGGCUGCUCUUACUUGUCCAACACAAAAUUGACAGUACAAUCCAAACUAUUGUUUGUCAGCAUUGGUAGUUGUUUUGCUGAAUAUAUUUGUGCUUUAUUUCUUUUUUCCACUCUGUCGUGCCAUUCGAUGUUUGUUUUUGCCAUUAAAGGUUGAUUAAGUUAAGGUUUAUGAAGGGGAACUAUGGAAAAAUGUAUAAUUUAAUUAUUUUUUACACUGAAAAUUGGUGUCAGUUGUGUUGUGGUAAUAAAACUUGGGAUUGAAAUGA